CGUUAGACUUCGUCAGCCUGCCUCGCGCCUGCAGCAGCAGCCAGCCUCCGUGGCUGAAUCUCUCAUCAUUGGUUGUUCCCGCGUCAGCGUCCAGACUUGAUCAUCCUGGUACGCGGCCGGGCAUCGGGACAUUGGUGGCCAUACGGGGUCCCUACACUCUAGGACCGUAUCCGGUACAUUAUCUCUCCGCCCGGGAGCGGCAUUGUGCAAGUUCGGCUGUGGCGCAUGUCAGGCCGGCAACCCUGGAAGACGCUCACCCGGGCGCUGCUUACCCAUGUGCGCCCGGACUCCGCCACCACGUGGGCGUGGGUGUACAGCGACGCGCCGGCACCAGCGGGGCUGCCUGCCCGGCUGGCGGCCGCGGUCGGCCACGUGUGGAGCGCGGGCGUGGAAAAGCAUCCGCUGCAGCCAGCCACCCAGCCGCCAGCGGCGCCGCCACAGUGGCGGGUUAGCCUGGACCAGCUGUGGGUGGCUAACGCUGCGGGGGCUGUGUCCUACGUCCAUUACACGGGUCGGCUCUUGGAGCCUGGGCCUGGCGUGCUGCCCCCGGCGGUAGAUGGGGCGUGGCAGCCUGCCUGUGUGCUGCAGCACCGCAAGCCGCGGCACCUGUGGACCUUUGAAGAGCGGGCGGCGUACAAUGCAGCAUCACCAGGGGAACGGGCGGGGGCGUGGCCUCGGGCGCCGUACUUCCUGGCGCCGGAGGCUGGGGUGGUGGUGCACCCGGAGCACUGCCGGAUUGCGGGUGUCAGCUUGGCGGACUACACGGUUCCUCUGGCUCCGGCCCGCCCCGCAGCCAUGCCGUGCCCGGCGUCAGCACAGCAGGCGGGGGGUUCGGGGACCCAGCCGGCGGCACAGUCGUGGCUGGCGGAGCGGGAGGCGGAGUGGCAGCGUGCAGCGGCGCAGCUGACCACCACGGCGGUGCAGCACUUCCACAAUAACCCGGUGGCUCUGGACCCCUGGCUCCACCGCACCUCAGCGGCAGCCGGGCAGCAGAACACGCCGCUUCUCACCACACAGCUCAAGGCGGCUAAGCUGGAGCACUUUGUUGCCAUCUGGACGGCGGGUGGCGCGCUUUGUGAAGUGGAGGAGGUUCAGGCUCUGGCUGGCGUCGCAGUGUCUGGGCGGCUGUGGGCCUUCCUGCACAGCGCGUCUUGCAGCGGGCUGGAGCCCGCUUAGUCAGCGCCACAUCUGGCCCGUUUAGUUUUCUGCUUGUGUCUCCUCUGCCGGUUCUCCUGGGGUGUUGCUUAAGCAACCGACUUGUGGGGGUGGGGUGGGUUUGGGCGGGGCGAGUGCGUAGCGCUGGUGUUUUCUUUUCUGGUGCGCGGUGGUGGUGGUUCUUGCGGUUAGGCUGUGGUGUAGGUUGAUGCUUGGGUUAGGUCUGGCGGUGUUUUUGUGCAACCCCUCCCGGGGGGCGGGGGGGCCAGCCUCCUGCUCUGUCUGCCGGGUCGGGGUGGGGUGGGGUGGGAUGGUUGGGGGUGGUUGGUGGCGGUUUUCGAGGUGUUUGCUUUCUGUUUUCUUCUCUUUUCUUCUCUUCUUGCCCUGUCAGGGUUCUGGUCUCGGGGACCAGGCUGUUUUCAGGCAGCAGGGGGGCAGCGCGUCUGCCCCUGUUCAACCUUGUAAGGAUGAUUCCUAAAAAAAAAGCUUUCUUCUCUUCUCUUUUCUUCUUGCCCUGUCGGGGUUCUGGUCUCUGGGGCCAGGCUGCGUCGGGUCCUCGUGCCCAGCAGUUGGGGGGCAGCGCGUCUGCUUCCGUUCAAUCCUGUAAGGAUGGUUCCUCAAAAACAAAAUGUUGAGGUGCCCGUAAGGUGGUUCCCUGGCAACCCUGCGUGCACAGGGCUUUUGUCUCUUACACGCUGCCUCCCUGACUUUGGCUGCAAGGUGUCGUCUCUGCUGUUUGUGGCAGCGGAGUGGCUAGCUGUAACAUAUAUGUGUGGCCGCAUGCAUGCAGGCGCAACCAGGCAACACAGCCAAAAAAAAGCGGGCAGUGGAGGCGCAACUAAGGAUCCGGCAUGGGCAGCAGCUGGUCCAGCACUAGAGGUGGAGGCGGGCAUGAUGGUGCCAAGGACGGAGUUUGGUCGUAGGGAGAUGUGGCGGCUGUGGUGGAGGUGGGCAUCAAGGUUGUCGGAUGCAUCGUACCCAGCAGACACGCAAGUGAUGGGGCUAGUCAUUGUUGCAUGUUAGAGUUUGCACGCAUACAUAUAAGGCAGACAUCAUACGAGGUUUGGUGGUGUAGUACUAGUGUUGCAUGAGCGUAUGGACUUGUCAACGAGGAUAGAUAACGAGGAGCAGGUGCGUGGCCGGUGUUGUGAAAGGAUAACGCAGUCUUGCGUGGUGUACAGUGUGGAUCCUAAGUGUGUCAGCAGCUCCCAAGACUUUCCCGUUCAGGUGCUGAACUUUCCCGUAAAAAGGGCUUCACUUUCCCGUAAGAACUUAUCGACCACGGCAGAGGUUGCUUAGCGAUAAGUUGGUGUGUAACGUCGGUUCAGA